AUGGAGAUCGACCUCCUACACCCUUCUGCAUCUGAUGAAAAAAUUAGCCAUAAGAAAAAGCGACUCGUUCAAAGUCCAAACAGCUAUUUCAUGGACAUAAAGUGUCCAACAUGCAAAAAUGUGACGACAGCGUUCAGUCACAGCCAGAAUGUGAUCCCUUGCCAAGGAUGUCAGUUCGUGCUUGCUCGACCUGGAGGAGGAAAGUGCCAGCUGACGAUAGGUUGCUCAUUCCGAAUUAAAGCCGAUUAA